CGAAACGGCGUCGUAAUAAGAAAAGAUUAGAUCCUCGGAGCGACCUAGAAGGAUUACAAGUGGUAAAGCGUUUCGGGGAAGAAGCCGAAAACUUCUGUCGGAUCUGGAAGCUCUCUUCUUCUUCCUCUCCUCUGUUUUUUCAAACGUCGUUUUUUUUGUGUGGUUUUCCCGUUACUGCUUCUCUGUUGUUGAUUCACAGACGCUUCUCCCCGAUGGAGGUGCAGAGUCUAAUAAGCUUUGAUUUGGACCCUGGUCCUGUUGAUCAGUCUGUAUUGGUGUGGCAACAUGAGCAUAGAUCAGCUGCUAUUUGGGAAGAUGAGGUUCCUCCUCGUGAACUGACAUGUCGGCACAAAUUAUUAGGCAUGCGAGAUUGGCCUCUGGAGCCUCUUGUGUGUCGGAAGUUGAUCGAGUUUGGGCUGUACGGAGUGUACAAGGUUGCGUUUAUACAGCUUGAUUAUGCUCUGAUAACAGCUCUGGUGGAGAGAUGGAGACCCGAGACGCAUACCUUCCAUCUUCCUGCUGGAGAGAUCACAGUGACUUUACAAGACGUGAAUAUACUCUUGGGUCUCCGUGUUGAUGGACCUGCGGUUACCGGUAGCACGAAAAACAACUGGGCCGAUCUAUGUGAGGACCUGUUGGGUCUCAGACCAGGCCCUGGAGAUCUACAUGGUUCUCAUGUGUCCUUAGCAUGGCUGCGUGAUAAUUUCCGGAAUCUUCCUGCUGAUCCUGACGACGAGACGCUGAAGUGUCACACUAGGGCUUUUAUAUUAGCUUUGAUGAGUGGGUUUCUUUACGGGGAUAAGUCUAAACAUGACGUGGCUUUGACGUUUCUCCCUCUUCUAAGGGACUUUGAUGAAGUGGCUAAACUUAGCUGGGGUAGUGCAACGCUAGCACUUCUCUACAGAGAGCUGUGUCGGGCGAGCAAGAGGACUGUUUCCACCAUUUGUGGUCCUCUUGUUCUGCUUCAGUUAUGGGCGUGGGAACGGCUGCAUGUUGGCCGUCCAGGAAGACUUAAAGAUGUCGGCGCUUCGUAUAUGGAUGGCAUAGAUGGUGCUUUGCCAGAUCCAUUAGGCUGUAGGUGGAGAGCUUCUCUGAGUCAUAAAGAGAAUCCUCGUGGAGGACUAGACUUUUACAGAGAUCAAUUUGACCAGCAGAAAGAUGAGCAGGUCAUAUGGCAGCCUUACACUCAAGAUCUUCUAGCAAAGCUUCCUCUUAUAUGUCUUAGCGGUCAGAACAUAUGGCGAACCGUGGCACCUUUAAUUUGUUUUGAUGUUGUUGAGUGGCACCGUCCUGAUCGGGUGCUUAGACAGUUUGGUCUUCACCAAACAGUUCCAGCACCUUGUGAUAACGAAAAGGCUCUUCAUUCUAUUGACAAAAGAGGCAAAUCAGUAUAUGAUUGGUCAGCACGUCAUAGCCGACACAUUGGAUUGUGGGAAGCACGUGAGUCAUCUGUUGCUUUCGGUGAGCCAGAGUGUAGACCAAUGGACUAUAACGAUCCUUAUAUGGAGUGGUACCGCAAAAUUACUAGAAGGAUCAUUAGUCCUAUGAACGAGAGGCGCCCUGGGCAAUUUCUACCCACUGGUUUUGCUUUCCAAGUGCUUGUUCAGAGAGUUGCAGCCAUUCAUGCUCGAUCUAAGUCUUCGCUUGAAGAGGAACUUACUGUUGACACCGCGAGGCAAACGUUACAAGAUAUUGUUGAUAUGUGUGCAGGCGCCCUUCAACUCAACGCGCCUUUAGGCUCAUUGUCUAAUGGCUCUGUGUCUCAAGCUCCAAGUUCAGGACCAUUUCCGAUGUCAUCUCAACCUACACGUACAAUGAUGUCGCAAAAGCCACUGUCUAGCGAUAUGGUUUGCUUGCCUUUGAAUGAAAUGGAAAUAGAUGAUGGUCUCUUAGCCGAACCUUCUGAAGGGAUCACACCUGUUCAGGAUAUAGGAUGUGAGCAGUCUUUACCAUCAGUAUCCCAGAAGCCUCUUUUCUGGCCUACGGGAGGCAAGCUUACUUUCAGUUGGAUUUGUGAUGUAAUGUUGGGCUUUGAUUGGUCAUCGAGGAAUCUCCCAGCUUGUGAAUUCUCAAACGUUCUGCCUUUUAACGUCCUGGAUGAGCUGAUUCUCUCUGCCUCCAAGAUCCUGAGAAAAGAGCCAAACUGCGUUAGGAUAGACAGUGACAAAGCAAAGGUGGUUGUGGUGGGAGAUCUUCAUGGGCAGCUACAUGAUUUGCUGUUCCUUAUGCAGGAUGCAGGGUUCCCAAAUGGUGAUCAGUUCUAUGUGUUCAAUGGGAACUAUGUGGACAAUGGAGCAUGGGGUUUGGAAACCUUCUUACUUCUUUUAUCAUGGAAGGUGUUUCUACCGGAUAGAGUGUUUGUUCUGCGUGGCAGUCACGAGAGCGAGAGUUGUACAUCAUUGUAUGGAUUCAAAAAUGAAGUAUUAACCAAGUAUGGAGAUAAAGGAGCAAUUGUCUACAAAAAAUGCUUGGAAUGCUUCCAGUUACUCCCUUUGGCAUCUGUGAUUGGUGGGAAGGUAUUUACAGCUCAUGGAGGUCUUUUCCGUGAUGUACCAAGCUUUCUCUCUGAUAAACAAGAACGAAGCAGGAAACGCAAGCGAGCUCAGAAAAAUCAAGAGGAUAACAGUGUUCUUGAGACUGAUAGUAGAUCUGAGUCCUUGCUUCUUGGCUCGUUGAAGGAUUUAUUUAAAGUCAAAAGGCGUGUUAUCAAUCCUUCUGCUGAAGGUUCAAACCUGAUUCCUGGUGACAUUCUUUGGUCAGAUCCAUCAACCGAUAACGGCCUCUUUCUUAACAAAGAGAGUGGCAUCGGUUUGCUGUGGGGUCCUGAUUGCACUGCAAAGUUCCUGCAAGACAAUGAUCUUAAGUUGAUCAUCAGAGGCAAGGAAGCCCCUCACAAAAGGGCACAACGAGAUGGUCUUCCAUCAAUGAUUGAAGGGUUUUCAAAAGACCAUGAAGGGCUUAUAACUUUGUUCAGUGCUCCUGAUCAUCCUCAGUUUCAGGAUACAGAGGAGAGACACAACAACAAAGGUGCCUACAUAAUCUUGCAAACUCCCUACUGUGAGGAGCCUGAAAUUCAUGUGUUUGAAGCAGUAUCUCCGAGACCAAAGGCUGAGGCGUACUAUAGAGGCCUGAUUCAUUCAACUGGAACUUUAGUACACAACAAUACUAAUUCUGUAGCUGUUGAUUCACCAUUCUCAGCGCCUGAUGACAAAGACAGUUUAUUAUCAUCUGAGAAUGUAGAAGAUAAGUCCAUGGAUCUUUCUGAGUCGAUGGAAGUUGAUGAAGUUACAACUUUUGGAACUCUAGUAUCUGAUGAUAAAGAUAUGGUUGAUUCUUCAGAGCAGACUAAAGAUUUUUCCAAAGAACAUGACCGUUCUGAGACUGCAGAGAUUAGUACAGAUUUAUUCGAUGCAGCCGGCAAACCGGAAUCUAGACCUCCUAACGUUAUUGACAAGGAACCGCCACUAGCUUGUGAUCUUCAUGUGCUUGAUUCUGGGAAGUCCAUAGAAUCCUGGACAGAGAAGGCAGCAGAUGAACUAAUGGCAGUUGAUGAAAUUGCUGGCGUGUCUGAAUCCACAACUGGAGAAGAAAAUGAUGUAGAAGCCUCCAACUCUACUAAGAUCUCGGAAGAGAGAGCAGAAAAAGAGAGAACUAGCGACUCUCUUGAGUUUUCAAAUAACGUAAGCGAAGAAGAGGCUCCAAGAGUAAAUGACUGCAGCACCACUGGUGACGCAGCAGUGGAAUUAGAAAUCACAUAUGAUGAGAAACCAGAAAGUGCAGUAACUGAAGUCACAGGGAACGAUAUAGCCACCGAUGGUGCUGAGAAGACUGCACUUUCAGCCAGGAAACUCAGUUAUUCAGAACCCCUUGAAGAUAUGGUUGAUUUUAAUAUGGAAGACAUAGCCACCGAUGGUGCUAAUAAUGAUCCGGGGUCUGUGAAUGGUGGGCUCAACACAGACUGUACCAGUUUAUCCAAAUGUCUAACCAGCAAAUCAAGUGGGUCUGAGCCAGCGGUGGAUCAUGAUAACCUUACAAAACCUUCUCGUGACAAGGAUCAUGAGGAGCCUGCAGACAAGCCAGAGAGAGUAGUCAAACUGGUUACCUAUUCUAAGCGCAAGUCAUCUGACAAAAAACAACUUAUUGAUUCUAGUGAAGAUCCUCAGCAGAAGAUCAACGAGGCUGUUGAUUAUAAGACCAAGACUGUUCUUGACAAGUCACACUCGGUUCCAAGAGAUAUGGACUCCUGAAGUCUCGUUCAGCUGGUCUUCUUCCCAAUACAGAUGAUCAGCAGCUAAAUCUCUUCAGGAUGUUUUCUCAAAGACAAUGUACAGUGGCCAUAGUAGCCUAGCUUUUCAAAUCCAUCUUAACUGGAUCCGCUUUGCUAAUUUCAGUUUAGAUGUUAAGAGAGUUUGAUUAGUCGGUAGGAUGGUGAUAUGUGUACACCUGAUAUCUUUUCUCGAAUUUAGCUUUCUCAGUUAAAAUGUAAUUUCUUUUUAUAUUUAAGAAAUAAGCUGUGUUUAUCAUUUGUUGCAGACUCUGAGCUGGAACCGGAUUAUUCUUCUUUUUCUUUUAAAUUACAUGAAUGUUAACUCAUCUUA